UUUUGUCACCUCUUCUGUUGCCACUGGGCUGGAAAAUGGGCUAUUCGGGCUGAGACGGGAGCAUAUCCCGUGGGGCUGGGGUGCUCAGGGUGUGGGUGAUGCUCCUGCAGUGUGGGUUCCAUGCUGGGCGCUUUCCUCCAGACACAGGUCCCUCCUGGUGGUGCUCCACACCGGUCCCUUUGCAGAAGACUGAGCCCCCACCCUAGUGGUCUUUGCAUCCCCCAGGCUGAUGAUCCCCACAGCUGCUGAUGAUCACCCACUGGAGGUGGUGAUGGAGGGGUUUGGGGGAGCCCCCAGGUUCCUGGCCUACCCACGUGCCUUCACGGUGCGAAGCGGCACCGAUGCAGUCCUGAGCUGCCAGAUCACGGGUGACCCCCGGCCAAGCAUCCUCUGGGAGAAGGACAAGAUCCCAAUUGAACCCUCGGGCCGCUUCCAUGUGGAAACCAAGGGUGAUCUGUACAGCCUGCUGGUGUCCCACGUCACCCCCCAGGACAGCGGGCUCUACAUCUGCAAGGCCAAGAACAGUGUUGGUGAGACCUACGCAGCUGCCACACUCAAGGUGGAGGUGGGGGAGCCCCAAGAGGAGGAGGAGUGCUCAAGCAAUGAAGCACCUACCUUUCUCGUCGCCCCCUUGUCCACACGGGUGUGCCGGGGGGAAGACGUGAUGUUCGCCUGCAGGGUGUCUGGGCAGCCUUGUCCAGUGCUGGAGUGGGAGAAGGAUGGGCACAAGCUCUCCGACCUCUUCGAGAGCAGCCACUUCGCAGUGGGGCAGGAGCCAGAGGACUGGCACUUCCUGAAGCUGUUUGGUGCCCGGCCCCCAGAUGGGGGGGUGUAUGUGUGCCGGGCACGCAGUGGCUCCCGGGAGGCCCUGGCUGCUGCUGUGCUCCUGGUUGAAUCCCGGGUGCUGCCAGACAGUCUCCCCAAUGGCUCUCCUGCUGAUGGCCCAGAGCUGCUGGUGGAGCGGCAGCAGCGGCAGCGGCGGCAUGCAGCGGGACGGCACGCCGAACCAGAGACCUGGGUGCCCAAUGGCACGGUGCCAUCCAGGGUACCGGGAGCCAAGGCGUUCACGGUGAGCGCGGGGAAGCACGCCAAGUUUCGCUGCUACGUUACCGGCAAGCCCAAGCCAGAGAUUGUCUGGCAGAAGGAUGGUGAGCCCCUUGCACCUGGCCGCAGGCACCUCAUCUACGAGGACCGGGAGGGCUACUUCAUCCUCAAGGUGCUGUACUGCAAACCCCAGGACCAGGGGCUGUAUGUCUGCACAGCAUCCAACACCGCUGGCCAGACCCUCAGCGCAGUGCAGCUCCAGGUGAAAGAGCACCGGCUACGAUUCCAGGUGCAGCUGGCAGAUGUGGAGGUGGCAGAGCGGGAGGAUGCCGUGCUGGAGUGCCAGGUGCCGCUGGAGACCAUCCCCACUGCCUGGUACCUGGAGGACAGGGAACUGCAGCCCAGCCACAAGUAUGUGAUGGAGGAGCAAGGCGUGGUGCGGCGCCUGACCAUCCGUGAUGCCUGCACUGAUGACGAUGGCAUCUACCUCUGCCAGAUGAAGGACAAGGGGCGCAGCAUCGCCGAGGUCUCUGUCCGAGGGGUGAUAGCCAAGCGACUGCCACGGAAGCUGGAUGUGAUGGAGGGGGAGAACGCAGUUUUCUGUGUGGAGACGCGGGAGGCAGCAGAGGGGACCUGCUGGAGCCAGGACGGGCUGCAGCUACGGGCGUCACCCCGCACCGUGCUCAAGAGCUUCGGCAGGACACACCUCCUGGUGCUGGUGCACGUCACCCGCCAGGAUGCGGGCAUCAUCUCCUUCACUGUCGGGGAGUCACGGACAUCCUCCCAGCUCCGGGUCAAGUGUGUGAAGCAUGACCCUCCAAGUGCACCGGUGGCAGUCGAGAUGAGUGUGGUGGAGAGCAAUACAGCCCUUCUGACCUGGUGCCCUGCGCCCGAUGCCCACCUCCGUCCCCCCAGUCGCUACCUGCUGGAGCGGCGGGAGGUGGCAGGGGGUGAGUGGGUGCAGUGCCUUGCCACUGACCUGCCUGGACACGUGCGGGUGCUGGGUGACAGUGUGCCUCGCGAGGCCAACUACUGCUUCCGCAUCUGUUCCGCCAACGAGCACGGCAGGAGCAGCCCUGUGGAGUUCCCUGGCUCCGUGCAUCUUGCUCCAGCAGCUCGCCUGGAGAGGGGUCUGCAGGAUGUGCGGGUGCAGGAUGGCGAGGACGCACGGUUCUCUCUGGAGCUGUCAGCCACAGUGCACGGCACCUGGUUCCUUGAUGGAGCCAGGCUGGGCAAGGAGGAGGCGGGUGGUCGGUGCAGUGUGCAGCACCGUGGGACAGAGCACUUACUGCUGAUCCGAGGAGCACGGCUGGCCGACAGCGGGGCGCAGGUCACCUUCGUGUCUGGCAGCCUGCGGGACUCAGCCACACUGCAUGUGCAAGCCCCGCAGGUCCACAUUGCCCCAGUGCCUGAGGCUGAGCGGCUCCGGGAGGUGCCGACUGGGAUGCCUGUGCUGCUAGAGUGUCAGGUGUCACCCUCAAGUGCCCCUGUCGUCUGGAUGAAGGACGGCGAGGCUGUGCCCCUGGAUGAUGUUAUUGCAGUGCAGAAAGAAGGCUGCGUGCGGAGGCUGCUCCUCCGCUCAGCGGGUCCCUCGGACACGGGCGUGUACACCUGUGACGCUGGGGAUGAUGCUGUGAGCUUUGUGGUGACCGUGACUGAGGCACCGGUGAGGAUCGUCAGCUCCAACGAGGAGGCCCCACACACCUACGUGGCUGGGCAGCGCGUGGAGCUGUGGUGCCAGCUGUCCCGCCCGGCAGCCCUGGUGCGCUGGUACAAGGAUGGGGAGGAGGUGGAGGCGGGCGAGAGCCUGGUGCUGGAGCAGGAGGGGCUGCGGUGCCGGCUGGUGCUGCCCUGCGCCCGGCCGCAGGAUGCAGGGGAGUUUGUCUGCGAUGCUGGCGGGGACUCCGUCUUCUACACUGUCACCAUCACAGAGGCACCGGUGAGGAUCGUCAGCUCCAACGAGGAGGCCCCACACACCUACGUGGCUGGGCAGCGCGUGGAGCUGUGGUGCCAGCUGUCCCGCCCGGCAGCCCUGGUGCGCUGGUACAAGGAUGGGGAGGAGGUGGAGGCGGGCGAGAGCCUGGUGCUGGAGCAGGAGGGGCUGCGGUGCCGGCUGGUGCUGCCCUGCGCCCGGCCGCAGGAUGCAGGGGAGUUUGUCUGCGAUGCUGGCGGGGACUCCGUCUUCUACACUGUCACCAUCACAGAGGCACCGGUGAGGAUCGUCAGCUCCAACGAGGAGGCCCCACACACCUACGUGGCUGGGCAGCGCGUGGAGCUGUGGUGCCAGCUGUCCCGCCCGGCAGCCCUGGUGCGCUGGUACAAGGAUGGGGAGGAGGUGGAGGCGGGCGAGAGCCUGGUGCUGGAGCAGGAGGGGCUGCGGUGCCAGCUGGUGCUGCCCUGCGCCCGGCCGCAGGAUGCAGGGGAGUUCGUCUGUGACACCGGGGAUGCGUCUGUCUCCUACCAUGUCUUGGUGGCAGAGUCACCAGUGAAGAUCCUGGACCCCCCGCAGCGCUCGGUGGAGCUGUUGGUGCAGGCACCAGGGCGUGUGGAGCUGCGGUGUAAGCUCUCCGUGCCGGAUGCUCCCGUGCGCUGGUUCAAGGAUGGGUUGGAGGUGGAUGAGACUGACAACUUGGUGCUGCUGGCAGAGGGGGCCUGGCGCUGCCUUUUCAUCCCCAGGAGCAGUGCGGAGGACAUGGGCGAGUACAUCUGCGAGAGCAAGGAUGAAGCUGUCUCCUUCGAUGUCAAGGUGUCAGAGCCGCCGGUGAAGAUCCUGCAGCCCCACAGACCUCUCCCUGUUGUGACCGUGUCCCCGGGGGAGACUGUGACGCUGAGCUGUGAGCUGUCCCGCGCGGAUGCGCCUGUGCACUGGACCAAGGAGGGCAUCAGGCUGGAGGCUGGGGGCACCCUGGUCCUGGAGGAGGAGGGUGCCCACCGCCGCCUGCUCAUCCCCGCAGCCCAAGCCGAGCACUCUGGAAAGUAUGUCUGCACUGCUGCCGAUGAUACAGUGACCUUCACUGUCCAAGUGUCAGACCCACUGGUCAGGAUCCUGGAGAAGGACAUCCUGCCGACCCACUGGCAUUGCCGGGCCAUGGAGGACAUGGUGCUGGAGGUGCACCUCUCAUAUGCCCAUGGGGAGGUGAAGUGGUACAAGGAUGGGGAGAAGCUGCAGGACACGGGGUGUGUGCGGCUGGAGGAGGACGGGGCACGCCGUUCCCUUGUCAUCCUGGGUGCCACAGGCAGGGAUGCAGGGGAGUAUCUCUGUGACACCGGCGAUGACAGCAUCGUCUUCUUUGUCACUGUGGAAGUCCCAGAGCCACCAGUGACCAUCGUGAGCAGCACGGGUGCCACAGAGCAUUACUGCCUGGUGGCUGGAGAAGACCUGGUGCUGGCUUGUGAGCUCUCCCGGCCCGAUGCCACCGUGCGCUGGCUCCGGAAUGGCCAGGAGGUGCAGCUGGGUGAGCGGGUGCAGGCUGAGGCUCAUGGGGUGCUGCGGCAGCUCACCAUCUGUGGGGUGCAGCCUGGUGACUCAGGGUGCUACAUCUGCGACGCCGCCAGCGACCGUGCAGUGAUGAGCGUGGAGGUGUCGGCCCGCCCCGUGCACAUCGUCAACAAGGAGGAGGCGCAGAGCCCACUGGAGGUGCUGGAGGGGGACAGCGUGACACUGGUGGCCCGGCUGUUCCCGGAGACGGCAGCGGUGCAGUGGCAGAAGGACGGACAGACUCUGCGCUCCGGUGGGCGGCUGCUGGUGUGCAGCGAGGGCCCUGCGCGCAGCCUCACCAUCAAGCAAGCAGAGCUGAGCGACAGCGGCGUCUUCCUCUGCGAUGCCGGUGAAGACGAGGUGCAUUUCACACUGCAUGUGAAAGAGGCGCCUGUGCUGUUCGUGAACAAACGUGAGGAGCGGGAGAAGCUGCUGGUGCUGGAGGGUGGCAGCGUCGUGCUCUCCACCAUCACCUCAACGGAGCGAGCAGAUGUCACCUGGCUGGGCCCGCGGCAGGCCGUGGUGGCUGACGAGCGCUGCGAGCUGCGGCGGGACGGCCGCGUGCACAGCCUCGUCCUCCACAACGUGGCCAAGGAGGACGCCGGCGUCUACACCUGCCUGUCACCCCACGACCAGAUGCAGUUCGACGUGAGCGUCCGAGAGCUGCGGGUGAAGUUCCUGCGUGGGCUGUCGGACGUGCGUGCACGGCAGGGUGAGCGGGCAGUGCUGUGGUGCGAGCUCUGCAAGGCGCGGGGCGACGUGGUGUGGCGGAAGGAUGGGCGGGAGCUGGCACCCAGCCCCCGCUGGCAGAUGAUGGCAGAAGGGCGAGAGCGCUCGCUGGUGCUGAGCUGCGUGGAGCCUGAGGAUGCUGGCGAGUACUGCUGUGAGUCCAACGACGACCAGACGCUGGCAACGCUGACAGUGCAGGUCCCCAGGGUGGUGGAGAUCAUCACAGAGCUGCAGAGCCUGACAGUGCUAGAGGGGGAGGACGCCACCUUCAAGUGCCUGGUGUCCCCUGAGGAUGUGGCUGUGACCUGGCAGCUGAAUGGCCAGCCAGUGGCCACCAACGAGCGGCUGCUGGUGACACGGAGUGGGUUGUGCCACAGCCUCACUCUCCAGCAGUGCCAGCUGGGUGAUGCGGGCACUGUGACAGCCAACGCUGAGGGGCUGGUGAGCACGGCCCGGCUGAGUGUGCAAGAGGCACAGGUGCUCUUCGUGCGGAAGCUGCAGGACGUGGUGGCGGAGGAGCAGGGGGAAGCAUGUCUGGAGGUGGAGGUGAGCCACGAGGCCGCUGAGGUGCAGUGGCUGAAGCAGGGCGUCCUCCUCCAGUCGGGCAGCAAGUACCAGCUGCAAGAGUUGGGGUGCCGGCGCACCCUCACCAUCCGCUGCCUUGGCCCUGCCGAUCGUGGCACUUACCGCUGCGAGAGCCUGCACGACCGCACGCAGGCCAAGCUCUGCGUGGAGCCCCGGAAGGUGUCGAUCCGGACGCCACUGGCAGACAUAGAGACCUUUGAGAAGGAGACAGCCACCUUCCACCUGGAGCUGUCUCACCCUGGCGUGCAUGGGGUGUGGACACGGGAUGGCAUCCGGGUGAAGCCCAGCAGCACACGCCGGAUCACCGCUGAGGGCUGCGGGCACAGCCUGACACUGGAGGGGCUGGUACUGGAGGACUCUGGCACUGUCACCUUCACCACUGACACCCUGCGCUGCAGCGCCUGCCUGCUUGUGCGAGAGCCUCCAGUCACUAUGGUGAGGGUCCCACGGGACCUGGGGGUCCCAGAGACAGGGGUCGCCAGCUUUGAGUGUGAGCUGUCUCGCCCCAGCGCGGAGGUGAAGUGGUUCAAGGACGGGCAGGAGCUGCGGCCAGGGCCCAACUGCCGCAUCUACUCAGCGGGUCGGCGCCGCGUCCUGCAGCUGAGCCGCUGCGAGCUGGCUGACGCCGGCACCUACACCUGCGACGCGGGUGACUGCCAGUCGUCCGCCAUGCUGCAUGUGCAAGAGCGCCAGGUCUGCAUCGUGCAGGAACUACAGGAUGCCCAGGUGCGGGAGGGUGACAAUGCCGUCUUCACCUGCGAGAUGUCACAUGGGGACGUGAAGGGCGAGUGGUUCCGAGACGGGGAGAAAAUCAAGGUCUCCAGCACGGUGAAGAUACGGCAAGAAGGGACUCGGCACUUCCUGCUGCUGUGCAGUGUCUGCCUGGAGGACAAGGGACUCAUCCGCUUUGUGGCAGGGACAGCUGCCUCGGAGGCCAGCCUGCAGGUGGAAGCGCUGCCCAUCCGGAUUGUGAAGCCGCUGCGAGACAAGACGGUGCUGGCACGGCACAAGGCGACGCUGGAGUGCACCGUGUCCAACGCCCGGGGCCGGGUGCGCUGGCUCCGCGGAGACACCGAGAUCUUUGCCAGUGGCAAGUAUGAGAUCUGUGCUAUGGACUGCUACCGCACACUCAUCAUCCACUGCGUGGGCCCCGAGGACGAGGACUCAUACACCUGUGAUGCCUUCGAUGACCGCACCACCGCCCGGCUCCUUGUGGAGGGUGAGGGUCCGAAUACUGGGGUGGAGGGAGCAGGCUGGAUGUGGGACCAGGGGUCUGUGCCCCCCUUGUCUGGGACACCCCUUCUGGGCGCCCCACCAGCUCCAGGGGUGCUGCAGCUCUCCCUGACUCCUAUUGUCCCCGCAGGGAGCUAGAAGCCAGCAUGCUGCACAGACACAGAUGAAUGCUGCUGCUGGGAGAUGGGUCACACUUCCCCCAGGAUGUACAGAUACAGGGACACCACCCCCAGUCUGCUCCAGCCGCAGGGCUCUGCAUUAAACAGUAUUUUUUCCCAACAUGGCUUCUUUCACCCCAGCAAGCCAAGCUCCAGUUAGAAGA